AUGACACUGAAUCAAAUACUGGAAUUUGUCAAAACUGGUUUAGACCGUGAACGUAUAGCGAAUUCUCAAAUUGCUGCAAGUGAAGUGGCAGUAAAACCAUCGAGUAAACCACAUGUUCCAUUUCAACGACCAACCAGGAACGUGAUGGUAUCGGCAUCGUUCAACACAUGCAUGUUUGGUGAUGGUAGACACAAAACAGCUGAAUGUCCACUAUCGUAUACAGAACGUCGUCAAAUAGCAGUUGAGAAGCGAUUAUGUUUUAGAUGCGGAAUUGCUGGGCAUAACAGCCGCGAUUGUCGACGGAAAUGUCAAUGUACCAUAUGUGGAAAGAAUCAUAUCCAAUAUUUAUGUUAUGAAGUGAAAUCAACAUCGGCGAAACCAAAUAAUGAGUCCAAUAAAAAUCAUCAAACAGUGCCAAAACAAAUCGCAACAACAACAUCGAACGAAAACAGCGCAUCAUCAUCGAGAUCAUCAGUAUUGUUGACAAAUAGUGGUACCAGCUUGUACAAAACAACAACAACGACCAUCAAUAAUCGAUCAGUACGUAUAUUGUUAGAUGACGGAUCAGGGUUGUCAUUCAUAUCGCGUCGAUUAGCAAAUUUGUGGAAUCUGAAGACAACCGAAAGUGAACCAAUCCAAUUGGAAACGUUAAGUCAAUCGUCGGCAACAUUGACAGGUGAGAAAAUGGUAUCGUUACCAAUACCGAUUUGGACGGGCAAGUACGAGAAUCUCGACUUCCGAAUUAACGAUAAGAUCAACCAGUUAAGCUUUGAUUGCAUAUCGACACCACAACAACAAACGUUACGUAGUCAUGGUAUAGACGUUAAUGAUCAGCCAGGUAUGGUCGAUAUUCUAAUUGGUUUGGACCAUAUCAACAAGAUACAAUUGAAUGAAGAAAAAAGAGUAUCGGAUAAUAUCGUUGCCAAGCGAACAACGUUGGGUUGGAUUGUGUACGGAUUAUCGAAAUCGAUCAACGUUUUGUCGACAUUGUAUAAUAAUAACGAAAGUGAACCAACACCGGACUAUGACAUUGACGAGGAAACAAAAAUCGCCAUGACGAAAUUUAUCAAUGAUUAUUGUCAACGUAAUUUAAGUUAUGAUGCAGUGGCUAAACGAUAUUCAGUGAAACUGCCAUUUAUCGGAAACACUGAAGUUGAACCAAAUUAUAAAGAAGCUAAAGGUAUGGUGAUCGGUAUGACGAAACGUAUGGAUGAUGAGCGUCGGAAACAGUACCAGUUAUUGAUUGAUGAAAUGGAGCAAAAGGGCGUCAUCGAACGUAUCGAAGUAGCACCGAGUGAAGGCUAUCAUAUGCCACAUUUUAUAGUAGCUCGGGAGGACAAAAAUACCACCAAAUAUCGUAUGGUCUUCAAUGCAUCGAAAGGUGAUAAAUCAUUGAAUGGAGCCAUAUUCAAAGGUGUAACCGGAUGGAUACUUGGUAUGGAAUGGACAACAGCAGAUGAAUUGCGUGUAUCGAUUCCUGAGUGGAAAGUCAGCAAUGAAACCACCAAACGUCAACUGGUGAGCUUCCUGGCGUCCAUGUAUGAUCCGUGUGGUAUGGUAUUAGCCUGCACAUUGCAGUUAAAGUUAAAAAUACAUGAGAUCUGGAAGAAAGAAUUAGAUUGGGAUGACGUAUUGCCAGAGAAGGACAAGCGACAAGUAAUCAAGAUUAUCGAUGAUUUGAAACGAUUAGCUGAAUUUAAAGUUCCACGGUUUACAUUCAAUGAGAAUACAAACGAUAUUGAUUUGGUCGUAUUUGUGGAUGCUAGCAUCAAUGCCAUAGGAAUUGCUGCAUAUGUAACCGAUCGAAAGAUAUUGACAUUAAUCUAUGGUAAAUCGAAAUUGAUUAAGCUUCGAAAAAUUGUAACGGGCGAACUGUUGGCGUUAUCAUACGGUGCAAAUGUGGCGAAAUCGUUAGAGGAAAUCAUUCGACCGCGGUGCGUGACAAUGUUUUCGGAUUCGCUGGAUAACGUUAGAAGAUUGGAAGGUGAUAUAAACAAAUAUCCGUAUCCUGUCGCUGUGCAUUUGUAUAACAUUAGGUCGAAGGUAAAGGAUAUCCGUCAUAUCCGUGGCGAAAUUAACCCAGCUGAUGCGUACACACGGGGUAUCAAAGCUGAGGCAUUGAACAAAAUUCAUCGAAUAGAGUACGACGAAAUAUUUAUACCUGAGACAAAGACGAGUUUGUUAAUUAUUGACAAAACACCUGAUACAUCGUAUGAUGUUCAGGAUAUUGAUUUAAACAAAGUACUUACGUAUGACGAAUGGAUAGCAAUGAUUAAUGCUAAGCCAGAAGAUUGGAAAACGACUAUUGAUAACAGUGGUGACGCAUUGAAGAUUUUAAUUAAAUUAAACCAACAAGAAUUUAUAACUAAGGAAAUGAAAGAAAAGAUGGCGAUGUUUAUGGACGAUGAUAAAUUAUGGAGAUGCAGAAGUCGAUUGGAUAACGCUGAUUGGACAUUUGAGGAGAAAUUUCCGGUGAUACUACCGCGGUGCGAAUUCACCACAUCAUUGUUAAAACAUGUUCAUGAAAAAGAUGAACAUUCAUCUGUAAAUUAUACUUUGGCUAAUUUACGAAUGAAAUAUUUUAUACCGAAAGCUCGACAACAACUAAUUCGUAUCGUCAACAAGUGUGCCAAAUGUCGAGCGAUGAAAGCCAAACCAUUGGUAGUCAGCAUGGGCGAUGUCCCGGCUGAACGUAUCAAUCGAACACAACCAUUUACAAAUAUUGGUGUUGAUCUAUUCGAAUUAAAGACAGAGCCAAAAGCUACAGGAAUGAUCUUCACAUGUUGUGUAACCAGAAGUGUUCAUUUCGAAUUAUUAGAUAGUGCAAAAGCUGAAGACGUAUGCCACGCUUUUUUAAUAUUUGCCGAUCUAAAUCAGAUGCCAGAAGUAAUUUAUUCGGAUAAUGGCACAAAUUUCAAACGAUUAAGUAUGAUGAUGAAGAACGCAAUGGCGUUAUUGAAAGAAAAGUUUCACUGGCACUUUAACACGCCAGCAUCGCCAUUUAGGGGUGGAUUCUUCGAAUCACUAAUCAAAACGAUGAAAAAAGCAUUUUAUAGUAUCACGUGGCAAAAGAAAAUUGAUCGAAAGGAAGUGCGAAGAAUAUUAUAUCGUAUUCAGGCAAUUAUGAACGCACGACCACUGAUACAUGAUUCGGACACAAUUUUGACACCUAAUCAUCUUCGAUAUGGCUGGAAUGUAAGAGGACCAGUAGCGCCGCCACGUACUGGUGGCCAACCAGAAUCAUUAUUAACUUACUGGCGAGGUACACAACGAUUAAUAAACGCAGCCUGGAAAACGUAUCGUGAUGUUUAUAUGAAGGGCGUUCGUAGUUUUUAUUUCAAUAAAGGUGAUCAUCAAUCGGUGAAUGUAGGUGACACCGUAUUGGUUGUAGAUGAUCAUCUACCAACGGCGUUAUGGCGAAUUGGCAAGGUUAUCGGUAUUCAACCUGAUAAGUCAGGGAAGGUACGCACCUAUCGUAUACUAAUGGGGGACAAAGAAUUAUGCCGGCCUGCCCAGCGUAUCGCCCCCCUGGAAGCUGUUUCAGAAAGGGGGGAGGAAAUGGUGAAAAAAUAA